AUGGAUGUCCUGGCGACGAAGAGAGCCAGAAGAGCGGAAAAUAAGGUGAUAACGAUCGCCCAUGUCAAUGCGCAUGGAAUCAAGCAGAAGAAACAACAAAUAAAGCAGUUUUUAGAGGACACAAAUGCAGAAAUACUAGGAGCCAGCGAAACUCACUGCUCUGAAACAGAUUUACUACCAUCGAUAGACGGAUAUAGUUGGCUACACAAUCCAGGGUCAGAAAGAAGUUCUGGGGUAGGAAUACUGUUUAAAAAGAGGCUAGUUACAGGAGAAACAAAACUGUUUAUGAAAGGGAGAAUUGUAGGGAUAUCAAUAGCAAAUCUCACAGUGAUAGAAGCAUACUCUCCUGUUGAGGGAGAUGGAGAGACAUUGGAGCAAUUCUAUGAAGGUAUUAAUGAAGCACUGGCAUGAGGAAGGGAAAGGAAAGAACAGUUGAUAAUAAUAGGGGAUUUGAAUGCCCAUGUAGAAGGCUGAUGAUCAGAAAAGACUAACGAGAACGGGUACAGAGUAAAAAGACUCUGCAAAGAAUGAGGGUUAGAAUUGCUAAAAUUGGACGAGCCCACGCAUCUGCACUCCAGUGGAUCGACGUUUUGUCUAGACUACUGCGCUGCUGACUGAGGCGUAAUCGGGAGAGUUAUAGACUUCGGAUGCAGCAAAAACAACCCAAUAGGAUCAGACCACCUGCCUAUAACCCUUAAAUUAUGAGAAAGAUGAGAAAAAGAAAGAAUGCAAUUUGUCCGAAAACUCAGGAUAGACAGACUGCGAAGCCCAGUGUACCUUAAAGUUUUCCAGGAUGAUGUAAACUAUGAUUUGAAGAGGCUAGAUUAG